UUGCUGAAAAAAUUUCAGGUAGCUGCUCAGGCUCAUUUUGUUGCUGUUCACAUGCAGGAAGCUGGUGGCAAAAAUUUCGAAGAAUUCACCGUCCAAGUACCAGGAAUGGUGGAAAAGAUUGCAUUUAGAAUGAACUGUCUUGGCUAUACAAUUGGUCGAGCAUAUCUUGAUCUUGAUUUUGAAAACGUGGAUCAAUAUACGGCUCUAGGCUCGAUGUACUUUUUCAUGGAAGUUUUAUAUUCCAGAAUCGAACAAUAUGAUUUUGUUACUCAUGAAUAUAGCAGAUUAAAUAAAGGCUUUGAAAUGAUGGAAAAAGAAAUUGAUAAAUGCAGCAAGAUUCGAAAAAAAAAAUUUCCGAAAGAUUUUUGGCCACGAAUGAAAUGGGGAAGGAAAGGAUAUAUGCAUAGCCGUUUUCGUUUCAAUAAUCAGCCGAUUGAUAUCGUCAAUGUACAUUUAUUCCAUGAUGAUUCAAAUAUAGCAUUAAUUCAAGAAAAUCCUUUAAUGUAUAGUGAAAAUAGGAAGCGAGCUUUGAAUUAUGUUUUGGAUGAAGUCAGCAGGAAUUGUAUUAAACAAAACGAUACUCCAUUAUUCAUAUUUGGAGAUUUGAACUUUCGGCUUAACUGUCUUACAUUUCUUAAUCGGAUUACAGAAGGUGCCGACAUUAGACAUGAUUCAUUGGAGUCAUUCGGUAGUUUGAAAGAUUCUGCUGGAUCAUCCAAUAGAUUAGGGUGUGGUAACAUACUUUCUAUGCCAAGCGAUCAUCUUAAACGAAGUAUUUCUGCUGUGGAAUUUAGGAAAACGCAAGAUUCAUUAGAAGAUCGAAACAAUUGUGUAUUGCGGAUCGAGAAGAAACGGUUUGACUAUAUCAAUCAUAAACAAUUAUUAAAUGAAUGGCAUCAAUAUUUGGAAGAUGACAGAGAAGCGAAAAAUUUUCCUAUGCUUUUCGAAUUACCGAUCCAUUUUCCUCCAACAUAUCCCUGGAGUGAAGAUCCGACAGAGUCAGGAUCAUUUAUGAAGACUAGAGCUCCAGCCUGGUGUGAUCGAGUUUUAAUGAAUUCAGAUGCUUUUCAGCUUGUAAAUAGCGACAAUGAUGCAAAAUAUGACAGCAUUGGUAAGAUUGUUUGCAUGGGCGAUCAUAAGGUAAUAAUUUAUUUUUUGGCGAUUGAUGUAAUUUAUUGA